AUGCCCUCAACAUUAUUUACGGCUUUUUCGAAGGAGUUCCCAAAACCCACAGUCACCGGCGAGGCAUUCCCAAUGAUGAGAUUGCCGUUGGAGAUCCGAUGGAUGAUAUGGGAGUACGCUCUCCCAGAUGCACGGGUGUACGAAGUCAUGGACUCGCCGAAUGCAAGCCAGAAGACCCCCGCAGCAGCUGGACUCAUGUUCGCCAAUGUUCGAGAUGAACCACCACCAGCGCUGGGCGCGGUAUGCCACGAGACGAGGGUGUAUGUAUUACAACGCUACCGACCUCUCGCUCUCUCGGCCACGACGAAAUAUGUCGACCUGUCGCGCGAUAUCCUGUUGCUCGAGCCGUACUUGCUGGUCAAGCGGCUGCUCCGAACACUGCAGUUCUUCAGCCAAACUCCCCUUGUGCGAGACAACCUCAGUCGGCUUGCGUUCGGAACAUCGUACGGACUGUAUACUGGCAUCUGCCACCCGGUGCUCAGUUGGAAAGUCUCCAAGUCCAACAUGACUACGCUGCUUGCCCGUCUGGCCAAGUUCCCCAGAUUGAGGAAGCUCCUCUUUGUCGUUCAUCAAGAGUUCCAAUUCGACUUUGACGUUCGGCCUCCUUAUGCCACAUCUCACAUGAACUACCCAGACCCGCAACGCCCCCAGCUGGUGCACCAAGGGUAUCGCUUCAAGUUCGACAUUGAAUCACAGCUCAACUACACCCAACCCCGGCACCCGCACUCCAAUGAGUUUCUAUACUACCCCCUGGACGUUGACGACGACAAGGACGACUGCUUCGACAAGGAUGACGUGGAAAACGAAGGCGAUCUGUUCGAGUCGUGGCCCACAAACGACGACUGGCGACGCUUUCGGCGGAGGUUUCAAAGGUCUAUCCAUCUCGUAGGGAAGGGCUCACCAGGAUGUCAGCGGCCAAAGGUCAUGCCCAAGCUGGAGGGUGCGAGUCUCUUAUGGAAAUACAGCAAGGCACAGCGUUACUAA